AUGUUCGAUAAAUUACCUCAUUGUUUAGUUAUUGGGGCAGGUGGCGUUGGUGUCAUCACAGCCUAUUCAUUAUUUAUUGCUGGCAAGUGUAUCGUUUCCAUUAUCGCUAGAUCAGAUUACGAUAUUGUCAAAACUAAGGGCUAUAAUAUUAAUUCGUGUGAUUAUGGUAAUUUAGAAGGUUGGAAACCACAUCAUUGUUAUAAGAGUGUUGAGGCAGCAGCCAUGUCUGGUGAAUUUUUCGAUUAUAUUAUUGUUACUACUAAAAAUAUCCCAGAUGGUCCAACUCCAGUGAGUCGCAUUAUUGAGCCAGUUAUUGAAUCAAACUUGAAACUGUGCCGUACAUCUGCCAGUUACAGAAAUAAAGUGUGUAAUAUUGUAUUGAUUCAAAAUGGUAUUUACAUUGAAAAUGAAAUUAUCGAGCUAUUAGAAACCAUGAAUACUAGCAGUGCUAAGGUUUCAUUAAUUUCAGGAGUCCAAUUGAUUGCAUCUACCAAGGUUGGUUCUGCCAAUAUCAUUCAUAAAAAUACCGACCAUCUAACUCUAGGUGCUUUUGAUCCGAACGAUAAAACAGCUGUUGCAUAUAGCAAAAAAUUUAUUGAAAUGUAUAAGAAUGAGGGUAAAAAUUACGUAGAAUUAGACACCGAUGCUAAAUAUACCAGAUGGAAAAAAUUAUUAUAUAAUGCCACAAUCAAUACUACUACAGCUCUUACUUCCUUAGAUUUUUCUAGAUGUGUUCAAUUUGGUCCUGAAACUACUGAAUUUGGAAUUGUGAAGCCAGCUAUGCAAGAAGUUAUUGCCAUUGCUAAAAGUGAAGGCGUUAUUAUUGAUGAAAAAUUAAUUGAUUUUUUUUAUGAUAUUACAUUGAAUUUGGUUUAUAAACCAUCAAUGUGUGUAGAUGUCCAAAAGGGACAAUUGAUGGAAUUGGAGGUUAUUUUAGGCAACCCUAUCCGCGUUGCCGCUAAAAAUGAAGUCAAAGUACCACAUUUGAAUAUUAUAUACAAUUUGUUAUUAAUAAUUCAAGGUAAAAUUAAGGAGUCUAGGGGGUUACUUGUUUUUGAUGAAAAAACAGCUAGAGUGGUUAAAAAGUAA